AUGGAGCCAUCAGAGGCGUCCGAAAAGAGGCUUGAAACGCUGAAUACCGCUGAGAAGCUUCAGUGCUUCUUUGAAGCCCUGAAAGGCUUGAACAAGGCGAAGUUGCAGAAAUCAGACCUCUGCAACGGCUUGGAUGGCUAUGAGGACCAAGGCCUCUUGCAGUUCCUUGAGCUGCUGGCAGCCACAUAUGAAAAGAAAGGGUCCGGCAGGGGCUUUUGUAGCAUCAUCUGCAGCCUAAUGACAAAAUGGACGAGCGAAGAGGCUCAGCAGAGCCUAGAUGAAGAGGAGCUGGUUGAUGCCAUGUUUGACGGCUGGACCUCGAACGGAGCUGUCUCCGUGAUUCCAGAUGAUCUUCUGAGUGCGCUGCAGCAGGAGUUCAAGUCGACGCUCUUUUUUGCUGCGGACAGUGUACUUGGCAGCGCCCGUCCAAAGAUGAUCACCAGCGGCAUGAAGCUGACGAAGGUCCUGACCGCUAUGUAUGCGAUCCAAGUGCAUAUGCAUACAGCAGCGAGCAGUGUGUCUGGAUUGGAGCCCCGUUGGGAGAAGCUCUGCGACGUCGUGCUAGUGGACUCCUUAUCGCGCUUCGCGCUGCCGGAUGGGUGGGGAGACACCCUUCAGCAAGCUGCGAAGCAAGAGCAAGACCGGAAGCCAUUCUUCGAUCCUGACUUUUCUGACGUAUUAGCAGGCCUUCGGCCACGAAUACCCCGCGGCAUCCGGCGGAGUGAAGCGGAAGCGCAGAUCCGUCGCCGGAUUGAGCGGAACCGGAUACUCGAUGGUCCGGUGCGAGCAAAGUGCGGCAAAGGCAUGACCGAGAGAAUUCUUGCGAUCCAUAAGUGUCAGGGGCCCAAGCGGACUCGGAAGGCGGGAGCUGACACGACGUCCCUGCCGUCAGACGACAGCCGGUACAACGACGAGCCAGAGGCGGGUACGGAGGUGUCAAAUCGCCAAGAGACGAGUGGAGAGGCCGCAGACCAAGCCGAUCAGGCAGCUCCGCCGGAACAGGAGGCUGCUUCCGGCGGAACAGCGGAGCACCAAAACGAGGGAGAUCAGGAGGAAAACGUUGGCGAGGCGGCAGUCGUUAAUCUCGCCGGCGCGUUCCAGGGCGAGAUGAAGAAGAUGCUGGAGGCGGCGGCACGUUUGGUGGCCAAAAGUACUCAGUGGGACGAGUACGCUGAAGCAAUGGUUUUGUGCAUCCUCGUUUGA